AAGGCGGCGGGCGGGUGCGGCCCUCGGCGGCGGAGGGCGCCAUGGUCGGUGGCGAGGCGGCUGCCGCGGUGGCGGAGCUGGUUUCGGGGGUGCGGCAGGCGGCUGACUUCGCGGAGCAGUUCCGCUCCUACUCGGAGAGCGAGAAGCAAUGGAAGGCUCGCAUGGAAUUCAUCCUGCGCCACUUGCCCGACUACCGCGACCCGCCAGAUGGCGGUGGCCGCCUGGACCAGCUGCUGUCCCUCUCCAUGGUGUGGGCCAACCACCUCUUCCUGGGUUGCAGUUACAACAAAGACCUUUUAGACAAAGUGAUGGAAAUGGCUGAUGGGAUUGAAGUGGAAGACCUGCCACAGUUUACUACCAGAAGUGAAUUAAUGAAAAAGCAUCAAAGCUAAGGCAGAAGAUUCAUCACAUUUUCAACAUCAGCUUAGGAAGGAGACUGGGAUGAAUGUGACAUUGACCACAGCAGCUCUCUUAAGAUUCCUGGUAUUUCAACCUGUAGGAAAUCAAGAGGCAGUUGGAAUGAUAGAUAGUCUUGUCUAGAUUGGAGUUUUAAAAGGUCUCAUUCUUCCAGUAGCUAUCAUUCUAAAAGUGUGCAUGGAUAUUUGUGGAUUUAUAAAUUAUGCCUUUUUUUAUUCUUACUUUUUGAAUGUCAAACUUUUUGUUAAAAAAUCCCUAUUUUUUUUUAUGUUGAUGUAAUAAUUGUAGGUAAUGAAUUUUACAAUUUGGAUUUUUCAACAAUGUAUCUUCAAGUCUGAUUCUGUUUUAUGGUGUUCCCUCCCACCCCAGCCCCCCGCCCCCACUGAGGCAGACCAGCCUUUAUUUCCUUAUUUCUUUCUGAAGUUUAUGCCAUCUUUAUGGCCAUUGCUACACACACUUAUCUUUUUUUAAGAGAUGAGUGAGAAUCAAAUCGUAGGCCUCAAGUACCUGCCAACUCAUGGGAAGAGGCAACUUCUGAAAGGGCAUCUGGCCUUUAAAACUGAUACCAGAUGCCACAGCUUGGUCCAGGCAGCCAGUUGAUUUAUAGAUUCUCUAGAAGGUCUCCUAGGCUGCUGAAUAAAACCCACAUUCUCUUUUUCUGGAGGGACCCUGAGGGUUUUGGUCUUGUAUAUUCGUGGAUUGCCUUGCACAUAUCCCCUGAAGAAAUACUUUAGUGGAAUGUUGUUUUGCUCUGAAGUUCUCAUAUUAAUUUCCCUCUUUUAUUUAAUAUAUCUGCUCUUUAUCCCCUCCCUCUUCCAUUUUAUUUAUGAUUUUAUUUAUGACUUAUUUUUAAGUAACCUCUACACCCAACAUGGGGCUUGAACUUAGAAGCCCAAGAUGAAAGGUUGCAUGCUCUACCAACUGAGCCAGACUGGUGCCCUCUCUUUCAUAUUUAAUACCCACAAUUAAGUACUUACCUCCAGGCAUAAAUCCGACCCUUGAUCUUAGCCAAAAUGCCAAGAAGCAAUAUCCAGGCAUAAAUCCUGAGAGAGGGACUUCAUUUGGGGUCAGCAGUAUAAUAGUCACAGCAGGAUUCACUCAUCACUGAACUUGGUAUUGAGGGUAAUGGUGAAAAAGACAGUGAACCCUGUCUUAGCUUAACCUACUGGUAAAUUCAGGUAAUUAAAAACCCAGAAAUGCUGAAGAGAGCUGCCUGUGGGAGCAUUUCUCUGGCAACAGAGAAGUGGGAAGGCUCUCACUGCUCAAGGCUAACCAUCACAUCUUGGAUGGAACUCAUCUCUGCGCAGCCUGUGGCUCUAAUCUGUAGCGAUCACUAGGGUAGACCAAGUGAGCUCAAGACCUCCGAUAUAACUUUGGAUCAGCCAUGUCUCUCCCUGGACUUACCUGGGAAAUGGAGAUCAUAGAAAUCCCUACCAGACGGAUGUGGCAGAGAUGAUGUUGCAGGACUAAGCCACUGCUCAGUGAGCCUCAGCCCCUUCCUCAAAUAUGGCCUAGCCUCUUUCUUUUCUGCUUACCUGUACAAAUUUGUGAGGUUUAAAAACCAAAUUAUAAAGUGGGAAAUACCAGAGUGGGGCUGUUCACUUUAAUGCGUCUUUCACAAGUUUCUCAUCAUGGAUCCCAUUUCCACUGUAAGAUAUAAUGCCCCAGUAAAAUAGCAAUAUCCUGUCAGGAAUGUAUCCAUUGCAUAAACCAAGCUUAAUCUGUGCACAGAUUCCAUGCCUGCGCCCCGCUGCGCCCCCCAACAUUCUUCUUCAGUUUAUUUUUGAAGACUUCUGUAGUUAACCAAAAGUAAAUUUUCUGAUAACCAUUUUCUAAUAGGUUAUAUCAUUAUUUCCUCAGCUUAAGCUUUCUGUUUUUCUUCUCAUCUAAAAAAUGAACCAGUAUUUUAGAAUUUCAUCCUUUAUGUUUUUCUGGAAUAGAAAGCACAGAAAUCUAAAUUUUUGCACUGGAGCAGUCCUUGUAGUGUAGGUAAAACAGCCCACUCUUAGUGUUGAAACAGGAGCUUGCUGUAAGAUACUUGCCUUGGUAUGUGCAUUCCUGUCUAACAUGGGGUAAGGAUCAAAUGAGAUUAAGAGGAAGGACAUGGUAAACUGUCCUUAUCAUAACUAGAGUGUAUCUUUUCUGUCAAAGACUUAAGUCUCAAGACCUUGUGAGAAGCAAGUAAUAACAGUAUUGUGUAGGGUGCUCACUUAACCAUGACACCCUUUUAUGUUACCCAGAAAAUUCCUUUUUCCAAUAUUCCUUAGAGCCUAUAGCCCAGCUGAUGAAAUUCUCUGCUUUGGCAGAGGCAAGGAUUUUCCAGGAUCCAUGUGGACCUGUGGCUUACCUAUUCCAUGGGCACUGGGAGGAAUCAUUAUCACUGCCCAUCCUCUGAUCCUUUGCUAUUUGUAGUAAACGGCACUGAAAAUACAUUGUUGCAUCUGAAAUGAGAUUUAUAUUAUUCUAAAUGUUAGAUAACUUAAGUGUUUCCUUGCUGUCCAGCUCUAAAGUCUCUGUGAGGUACCCUUUUGUCUGGAAAGAGACUGUCAGCUAGGUAUCCUGUCAUCUCGUCACGACUCUCAUUGUUGACUAGUUCAGGGACACCUUUUGUUUCUGUAGGAGUUAAGACUAAACAAAUCUUAGAGGCAAGAGUUUUAGAACUUAAAUAGGUUUGUGGUCAUAUGAAAAUUGCUUCUUUCAAUGAAUACUGAAUGCACACUAAAAAAAUCUCUGCCCUCAUGGAGAUAUAUAGAUACACACACAUACAUUGUUUGGGGAAAAUAAAGAAUCUUUCUUGCCUUGCUUGUCAUUAAAAUAGAUAAAUGGCAACGAA